AAAUUCGAAAAAUAUCUAGGAAAGUAUGAACACAAUCGAGCGUGGCGCAAUAGCAAACGAAAAAGAUGGAAGAGGAAGAGCCGGCGAAGACGAUGUCGAGAAGGGAAUAGACAGUUGUGCGACAGGGAACUGCGACAAGAACCAAGAUGUCCCGCCGCUGAGGGGUCUCUCGUUCCUGGACCGUUUCCUUGUAGUAUGGAUUAUCCUCGCCAUGGGCAUCGGUAUCGCAAUCGGAAAUACAGUUGAUUCUGUUGGGCCUGCGUUACAAAAGGGUGAAUUUGUAGGUGUCAGUAUUCCAAUCGCCGUUGGGUUGUUGGUGAUGAUGUAUCCCAUCCUCUGCAAAGUCCGGUACGAGACACUGCACCUAUUGCUACGGGAGAAGGCCCUCUGGAUACAGAUUCUCAUCUCAUUCGUGCUGAACUGGAUCAUCGCGCCGCUCUUCAUGGUCGGCCUGGCCUGGGCUUUUCUUCCAGACCGCCAGGAUUUGCGCGAAGGCUUGAUUUUCGUCGGCAUUGCGCGCUGCAUCGCCAUGGUACUCAUCUGGACAGACCUUGCGGGAGGAGAUGGCGACUACUGCGCUGUAUUGGUUGCGUUCAACUCGAUUCUACAGAUCGUUUUGUUCGCCCCAUUCGCCAUCUUCUACGUACAGAUUGUCAGUCACGGUGGGAAGACGAACGUCUCAUAUGAGAACGUCGCACAGAGCGUAGGCGUCUUCCUGGGUCUUCCACUGGGGGCAGCAGUCAUUACACGGCUGGUUUUGAAAACCUGGGUCGGGGAAGACAAGUACCAGCAGUAUUUCAUCCGGUACAUCGCACCGUUUUCACUCAUCGGCCUCCUAUACACCAUCAUUGUCUUAUUCGCCAGUCAGGGAGCGCACGUAGUUCGGCAAAUAACGGAUGUCCUUCGUGUGUGUGCACCACUACUCGUAUACUUCCUCGUCAUCUUCACCAGUGUCAUCUGGUUCUGCUGGAAAAUGGGAUUCGGAUACAAGAUCAGUGCUGUGCAGGGUUUUACCGCUGCGAGCAACAACUUCGAGCUCGCUAUCGCUGUGACAGUCGCUGUCUAUGGCGCGCAAAGUGGACAAGCCUUGGCAAGUACAGUGGGCCCGCUCAUCGAGGUGCCGGUACUUGUAGCCCUGGUAUAUGUGCUGAAAUGGUUUAAGAAAAGAUGGCAAUGGGUCUAGUAGCGGUUGGAAGUGUUCCGAUUGACUACACACUUCACUGAUGAUUCAUCAGAUGGUGGUUCACAAUAUCCAUGCGCAUAGAUUUGGAAUGGCUAUGGUAGAACAUGCAUAUUCAUAGAUACGGUUUACGUACCCGAGCCGUGUACUCAAGCAGAUAUCUGUCCGGUACUCGCUCUC